AGCGAUUAGCGAUUCCGAUAACGUGAGUGACCGGCGGUACGCGGCCAACCGUGUGUACGGGCAAGCUGUUAUUAUUAGGCGUUUGGCGGUUACGUUGGGUUUCCUUUUUUUUUCCAGUGUCCACGUCGUAAACGGCGACCGUCGAUGAAAACCGUUGGAUACACGCGCGCAAUGAUCACGUGUUUGGGGGUGCUGUUGGCCGUCGGGUGGGCCGUUGGGACGCAGGCGGCCGACACGGCGGUGUACUCGCUGAACGGGCAGAACCUGCAGUGGCAGUGCGCGUCCACCAAGAACAUCUACGCCAACACGGGCCGGUACACGUCCAAGAACAUCAUAGCGACCCGCGUACAGAUAUGGGACGACCGGGCGUUUGUGCUGACGCCCAGGUUCAAGACGGGCGUCCCGUUCACCGUGGCCGAGAUGGACCUCAAAUGCAACGACCGCUGUUGGCCCAUGCUGACGCCGUACCCGUGCUGGGCGAUGCACGACGAAGGCGACGCUAACUCCAUACAGAACGCCGUCGACAUAUACCUGGACCCGAUGGGCAUACUCUGGGUGCUCGACACCGGCCUGGUCAACACGAUGGAACAGCCCGUCCGUCGGAGUCAGCCCAGGAUAGUCGCCAUAGACGUCAAAAGCAACCAGAUGGUGAAGUGGAUCGACUUAUCGGGACUGGUGUGCUCGGCGAGUCGGUUGAACUACAUCACAGUUGACUACGGCGAGGACGGUAAGGCGUUCGUAUACGUGUCGGACGCGGCCACCAGGGCAGUGAUCGUAUGGGACGUGACGGCCGGCCGCGGGUACCGAGUCGUCUUGCCCAAAGCUAUUACACAGGACUGCGGUAAGCGGGACGUGCUGUACAUAGCUCUGGCGCAAAAGACGACCGGAAACGUUCUGUACCUGACGUACUUGAGCAGCAACCGGAUGUACGCCAUCAACACGUGCAACUUGCGACAGGGCUGCGCCGAGGGCACCGUCACCGACUUAGGACCCAAACCCCGCAAGCUGGUCAUACUCGGCACGGACGGCAAGUCCAACCUGUUCUUCCGGUACCGCGGUCAGGGAGACAUUUACGUUUGGGACACCGACACCGGGUUCGUCUCCGACAACUUCACGCUGCUGCAGAAGGCCGACGACUGUCGAUUGGCCACGCACGUGCUUCCCGGCUGCAACCGUCUUAUGUGGGUGGUCGAGAGCAACUUCCCGGACUUCAUAUCCGACAAGGUCGGCUGUUUGGGCGCCAACGUCCAGUUGCAUCCGCUCGAGAAACAGAACUGUUUAUCAUCAUCCCAAACCUAUUAA